AUUACGUCAGUUCCGUGUUUUGUCGAGCCCACAACCAAUCAGUCAUCCACUUCCGGGUGUGAGGAUUCCGGUAACGCGCGAUGCUCGUUUGUCUUAUUUCUGGUGUUGCUUUUCCUCUUUUUGCGCCAUUUUAACUCAAAACAUGGAAAGCAUUUGGUCAAGAGCUAGCGCCAUUGUCCACUUCUUUUUGGUCGCCAUGGCGGCCGUGACUUUGGGCUGUUUCCUCACGACGGCGUUUAAAGACGAAAGCGUCCCGGUGGACGUUCGCGUGUCCAAAGUUCUGCUGAGGCGCGUCGACGACCUGACGGAACCCGGACGGCGCCGCGACUUGGCCUCCGUCACUUUUGACCUGUCGGCUGAUUUGCAGCCCAUGUUUGACUGGAACGUCAAGCAGCUCUUUCUGUAUCUGACAGCCGAGUACGCGACGAAGAGGAACGCUUUGAACCAGGUGGUCCUCUGGGACGACAUCGUCCUGCGGGGCGAGGACGAGCGCGUGCAGCUCCGAGGCGCCAAGUCCAAGUAUUUCUUCUUCGACGAUGGCGACGGUCUCCUCGGCAACCACAACAUCACGCUGACGCUGUCCUGGAACGUCGUCCCCAACGCCGGAGGACUGCCGCUCGUGGCCGGCGGCGGACGCGUCACGCUCCCCUUUCCCGAGCAUUACGAGACCGCCCAAAAAUAUGAAAUGCUUCUUUAGACUUUUGGCGUUGAAAUAAAACCUUCGUGUCUCGUGUGGAUUCAUUCAUUUGGAGAGAAGUACUUUUUUGACCUGAUGAAAAUUAAAACGAACUUUUGCAACAGGAAAUAAGACACGAACAUGCUUUGAUUUGAUUUCAUCUUUUGCUUUUUUUUUGAGGCAAUUUGAAACGUUUCCGGGCGUCUCGUGAAAUUUGAUCUGAUGGAGAUAUGAAAUUGAUUCGCUAGCCUUCAUUAUGUACGCAUUGGAUGUUUGUUUAUGAUUUGAGUAGUUUGCCCCAGGAAAAUGAAACGUGGGCGACCUGGAA